AUGCCACGACUCUCACUAACCACUCUCUUCGGAGUCGACCCGACUACCGAUGACAAGCACCACUUCGAAACGUCUUGGAUCUUACCCCCCGCCAUCCUCGCCGGUCUUCGCGCUCUGAUCUCACUAUACAUUUUCACCUCCAUCUUCGUCUUUUGGGGCUGGUUUGGCACCCACAAUGACCACGCUUCGAUUGGCCACUCCUUCAGCUACUUCACCUGGCUGACUUACUGGGGUAUUGGCUUCUAUAUGCUAUUCGCUGCGAUCCACACAGCCUUCUAUGCACGAACAGGCCACUCGGUUCUCUUCGACCGCUGGCCGCGAGCCUUUCGAGUGCUACACAGCCUGUUGUAUGUGACAAUUACGACGUACCCGUUUCUCGUUACAAUUGUCUUCUGGGCUGUACUGUUCACUCCGCCUUGGUACAAGAAGACAUUCACCGGCUGGCAAAAUAUCUCCCAACACUCCCUAAACUCUGUCUACGCCCUACUGGAAAUUAUUAUCACAGCCACAGCGCCGCACCCAUUCAUUGCAAUCCCAUUCCUAAUCUUCAUGCUCCUGUUAUAUCUCUGUGUCGCAUACAUCACCCAUGAAACUGAGGGCUGGUACCCAUACUCCUUUCUCGACGUCGGCGAGCACGGAGAGAAGAGCAAGCGUGUGGUGGGGUACUGCUUUGGCAUCUUGGCUGCGGUUCUGGUUAUCUUUCUCCUUUCCUGGGUGCUGAUUUAUUUGCGUCGCCGAUUGACGCAUGGCAAGAUUAAGCGAGCGAGACGGGAUCCGCUGUGCGCGCAUGAUGCUUUUGCUGAGCAGUGUGGUGGUGAGCAAUCGAAUGAAAUGAAGGAUGUGCCAGUUUAG